GAUCUGCCCAUUGCUAGGCAGGUAACAAGCAGCUCCCACCAUGCUCAGGGGGGGCUGGCUGAGUGACGUGGGAGUUGCUGCUGGAGAUGUUGCAGAUGCUGCUUUCCAAUUCCAGGAAUGACGUGGGAAAGGGUCACAGCUUCUUUAGACGUCAUUGUAAUAAUGGUAGGAGUUUCAGACUCCAGGUCCUCCCAUUUCCAGUUCUUAUGCCCCUUUUGUGUGGAGAACAGGAUCUCUUUAGAAAGGAGGUUCUUAAUGAAGACUGAUACUGCUGGACCUUGAAUGAUGUCACUUAGAGGGAUGUGUAGCUGUGGGUGAUCAGCUGGGUGCACUACCCUGGGGAGCCAAACAUCUCAACUUGCACUGUAACUGGAGACUAGAAAAGAUUGGAUGGUGGAGACUCUGCCUUAAGAAAAAAUACACCCAGAUUUUCCAAAGAAUGAUUGUUUUUGGCUGAUCAUUGGCCGGAUUUACAGUGUCCACCCGAGAGCUGUCACCCUGUGCAGACAGAUGAGCUGUCAGACCACUGUAUGAUGCUUGUGGGGCUAGCAGUGAUGAAGUAGUGGAUUAUUACAAUUUCCUAAUUGCCAGGAUUACAACACUGCCUAUCAUUUGUUGCUCUAACAAGCCUGGAGAGCAGACAUGGCUACUUUCUUUGGCAGCCUGAUCUUGCUAGUUCUUGUUUUGCAAGACAGCUGUUACUGUUUCAGGAGUCCUCUAUCUGUCUUUAAGAGGUAUCAGGAAUCGAGCAGACCUGUUUCCAAUGACUGCCUGGGAUCCACGCGGCCAGUUAAAUCUCCAGACUCAUCAGACUAUACACUGGACAUACGAAUGCCUGGAGUCACACCAACAGAGUCUGACACCUAUCUGUGCAAAGCUUACCGGCUGCCAGUUGAUGAUGAAGCCUUUGUAGUUGACUUCCGGCCCCAUGCCAAUAUGGACACAGCACAUCAUAUGCUUCUGUUUGGAUGUAACGUGCCUUCUUCCACUGAUGACUAUUGGGACUGCGGUGCUGGAGUAUGUGCAGAUAAGUCGAGCAUUAUGUAUGCAUGGGCGCGGAAUGCACCUCCGACCAAGCUUCCUAAGGGUGUUGGAUUCAGAGUUGGAGGUGAAACUGGCAGUAAAUAUUUUGUGCUCCAGGUGCAUUAUGGUGACGUCCAUGCAUUCACGGAUAAACAUAAGGAUUGCACAGGUGUGACUGUACAGUUAACAUCUGAGAAGCAGCCAAUGAUUGCAGGCAUUUACCUCAUGAUGUCGGUAGAUACUGUAAUUCCACCCGGUGAAAAGGCUGUUAAUUCAGAUAUUGCCUGUACCUACAACAGACCUACAAUGCAUCCUUUUGCCUACAGAGUUCACACUCAUCAUUUAGGCCAGGUCGUUAGUGGUUACAGAAUCAGGCACGGCAAGUGGACACUAAUCGGCAGACAAAGCCCUCAGCUGCCACAGGCAUUUUAUCCUGUAGAACAUCCACUUGAUGUUAGUCCUGGGGAUAUUUUAGCAACCCGAUGUCUCUUUACUGGUGAAGGCAGGACAACUAAAACAUACAUUGGGGGUACAUCUAAUGACGAAAUGUGCAACUUAUAUAUUAUGUACUACAUGGAUGCAGCCCGUGCCAGUUCAUACAUGACUUGUGUGCAGACAGGAGAUCCAGAUCUGUUCCAGCAUAUCCCCGAGAUUGCUAAUAUUCCUAUUCCUGUUAGCCCUGACAUGAUGAUGAUGAUGGGACAUGGCCAUCAUCACCCAGAUCCCAAAGAACUCGAAAAAAAAAGUGUUCUCCAGCAACCUAAAAGGGAAGAAGAGCAAGUGUUAGAUCAGGGUGAUUUCUAUAGCCUUAUAUCCAAACUGCUAGGAGAAAGGGAAGACGUUGUACAUGUCCAUAAAUAUAACCCAACAGACAUAAUAGAUUCAGAUCUCGUAGCAGAGAUUGCAAACGUAGUACACAAGAGAGAGCCUGGGUGGUAUAUAUCAAGGCAAGUCUUAGAACAUGAGGAGAGGCCUGACACUAUUCUCAACAGAGAUCGAAUUCACAAAUUCCACAAGUUAGAAUCUACUUUGAAAACACCACUGAAGUCGCUCAGUUUGGUGCAGCAAGCUAGUUCUGGUGCAAAGGGCAACUGGGAGAAACAGCAUCCAGGAGACUUUCACAUGGAAGAAGUCAUCAACUGGCCAGGAGUGAAUCUUAAAUUGGGACAGGUUUCUGGAUUAGCACUAGAUGCCAAUAAUAACUUGGUCAUAUUCCACAGAGGUGAUCACAUUUGGGACGCAAACUCGUUUGACAAUACAUUUGUUUACCAACAAAGAGGAAUUGGACCAAUCGAGGAGAACACCAUACUUGUUGUAAACCCCAACAGCUCAGCUAUACUGAAAUCAAUUGGCAAAAACCUGUUUUACCUGCCACAUGGUCUGAGUAUGGAUAAAGAUGGGAAUUAUUGGGUCACAGACGUCGCUCUACACCAGGUUUUCAAGUUGGGACCGCAGGGUAAUGAGCUCUUGACUUUGGGAAAGGCUUUCCAGCCAGGAAGUGACCGCAAGCAUUUCUGCCAGCCAACUGAUGUUGCGGUGGACCCGAUAACUGGCAACGUCUACGUGUCAGAUGGCUACUGCAACAGCCGAAUUGUGCAGUUCUCACCAAACGGGAUGUUUAUCAUGCAAUGGGGUGAAGAAACGUCUGCUAACAUGGGACCUGGUCAACUCCAGAUCCCGCACAGUCUGACAUUGGCUCCAGAACACAGCCAAAUCUGUGUGGCUGAUAGAGAAAAUGGCCGGAUUCAGUGCUUCCAUUCUGAAACUGGGCGUUUUAUUAAAGAAAUCAAACACAAGGAAUUUGGAAGAGAAUUAUUUGCAGUCUCCUACGCUGAUGGAUUAUUGUAUGCUGUUAAUGGCAAGUCCUACUUUGGAGACUCGCCACCUGUUCAAGGUUUUGUGAUGAACUUUUCCAGUGGAGAAAUUAUAGACACAUUUUCUCCUGUUAGAAAGAGCUUUAACAUGCCUCAUGACCUGGUUGCCUCUGAAGAUGGAACGGUUUAUGUUGGAGAUGCACACGCUGAUACUGUGUGGAAAUUUACUCCCUCGGAAAGGGCAGAACAUCGGUCAGUGAAAAAGGCUGGCAUAGCAGUUGAAGAAAUAACAGAAACUGAAAUUAUAGAGACACGUGUGAAAAGCAGACCAAAACUUAAUAACUUGGUACACGCCAAGGAGCAACAACAACAACAGCAUUCACAACAAGAACAACAACAGCAUUCACAACAAGAACAACAACAGCAUUCACAACAAGAACAACAACCGCAGACACAACAAGAACAACCACAACAGAAGCAAAACAUUGUUGAACACAGUGGUCCUGGGGUAUCUCUGGUCCUCAUUAUCACCCUGUUAAUUAUCCCAGUUGUGGUUCUAAUUGCAAUUGCAAUUUUCAUCCGUUGGAGAAAAGUCCGUAUGUAUGGAGGUGAAAUUGAACACAAAUCAGAAUCGACUUCUGGAGGAAUCUUAGGAAAAUUAAGAGGUAAAGGCACCGGGGGCCUCAAUCUAGGGACCUUCUUUGCAAGUCACAAAGGAUACAGUAGAAAAGGAUUUGAUCGGCUUAGUACAGAAGGAAGUGAUCAAGAAAAGGAUGAAGACUCGGAUUCCGAAGAGGAAUAUUCAGCCCCUCCGAUUCCCCCUCCACCAGUAUCUUCCUCCUGAAAUGGCUGCCUGACUACUUCCAUUAAGCCCUUAGCACGUUUAAAAUUGUGUAUUUAAUUGUAGCUGUACUAGUCUCUGUGGGCAGUACAAUUGUCAUGAAUUCCUUUUCUUUUUAUUACGAGUGCUGUUGUAGUCUUUAUGUGAACAUUCAGAAUUAUUUUGUUGUCACUAAAUGAAGCUUUACAUCAUCUAUGUAAUUAAUACUUUCUGGUUUAAGGGGACUUUUUCCAUAGUUUUAUGGCCUUCCGUUGCUUUUUUUUUUUUUUUUCAGUUAGCACUUUAAUUGCCAAUUUUACAUAUUUUUCAUGCCUUUAAAAGUCAUAAUUAAUUGCAGUACAAAUAUUCGUGCCACAUAAAUACAGAGCUGCUAAAUCUCUUCUAUUUUUUUAAAUUCACAAUAUGAUAUUGCGUCCAAAAGAAAAAAAAAAGAAAAAAAAGGAUAAGAGACAGAGAGGGGGAAAAAAAAUAAGAGAAAUUAUUUAAUGUUAUUUUUUUGUUUUGUUAUGGUGUUUUGGAUGUCUUAUUUUUAGAUGGUUACACUGUUUAGAACACUAUUUUCAGAAACUGAAUGUACUUUGUGUAAUAAAGUGUUCGCAGAGCAUUAA